GAUUUAGUGUUUCUCGGCAGACCGCAUUUAUCUCGUGAUGUCACGUGAUUAACGAAGGAAGGCGGAAAAGUUGAAUGUGAAGAGAGAAGUUAGUACAGGCGAUUGGAUCUAGCAUUUUGAAUAAAGAUGGGUGACCGUGCUUCAGUGAAAGAUGUGUUUGUCCAAUGUCAGACUGGUCUUCAGGGACAUGGAAAAUUGAUGAAAACUCUCCAUAAAAUUUAUGAUAAGACAGGGUUUGAAGCAUUCUGGUCAGAAUUCCAACAUUACCUGAAAUAUGCCAUGAUUGUAUUUAAACGAGAACCAGCAGUUGAAAGGAUGAUUGAUUUUGUUGCUAAGUUUGCUCCAACUCUCUGCAAGAAGGUUUCAGAAAAGGGUGGAGAUCAGGAGGGAGAUGAUACAUUACUGGAUGAGGACAGUGUUGCUGAUAACCGACUGUUACAGGAAAUGUUUGACUUUCUACUCACUUCACAUAGUGCAAGAGAGCGUGGGGUAAGGUUUAGAUGCUGCCAGUUGAUAAACAAACUGUUGACAAACCUUGGUGAGGAUGCCCAGAUAGAUGAUGAUUUAUAUGACAGACUGUACGAGUGUAUGUUAGAACGACUCAAGGACAAAUGUCCCAUGGUUCGUUACCAUGCUGUAUUAGCCAUGGCUAGACUUCAGGAUCCAGCGGAUGAAAAUUGUCCAGUUAUCAAAGCCUAUCUGUUUUUGUUGAACUGUGACCCAAAUGCUGAUGUACGGCGUGCAGUUAUGUCUUCAAUAGCACCAUCCACAAAGACCCUUGCCAGCAUCAUUGGUCGUACCAGGGAUGUGAAGGACACAGUAAGGAAAACAGCUUAUGAGGUAUUGGCAGAGAAAAUUCACAUUAAGGCUUUAUCAAUUGCCUCUCGACUUCAGCUGAUUAAUGAAGGACUGAAGGACAGAAGUGAGAUGGUACGGCAAGCUUGUUCAAGCAAGCUGUUACAAGCAUGGAUGAGAACAGUAGGAGGUAACAUCAUUGAUUUAUUGAAGAGUUUGGAUGUAGAAGACUCGACUGAUAUUUGCUCUAGAGUACUGGAGACCUUGUUUAAGGCAAUGUCACUAAAGGACAUGAUGGCCAGUUUCAACAUUCUAGAUGAGAAACUUUUAGUGCCAUUAGAUGCACUCAACAGUGAGAGUGCCCUCUACUGGCAAGCUGUGUGUAAGUUCAUUUAUGCUAUGGGGACAGAUGGUGAUGAGUACAUGGAGAAAGUCAUGCCAACAGUUGUAGACUUCUGUGCUUACAUGCAGAGGUAUAUUGAUGAUCUGAAGAAGGUAGAAGACCCGGAGAUUCAGUUGGGGCGAGAAUUCAUUAUUGAACAGUUACUGUUGAUAACAAGUUACAUGGAUACUGCAGAUGUCGCCAGCAAGUAUGUUAAUGAUCCAUUCACCCUUUUGAAAUGUCAGACCAUUAUCUCCGAGAUGCUGCAGCAACUCAAACUGAGCAGUGUCAGUUCCACUCUCCAGAUGAUGAUUGAAUCACAAAUUGUGCCAGGAAUACAGAAUGAAGAUGCGGAAGUAAGGAACAUGGCCAUGCAAGCUCUUGGAUUGUGCUGUUACCUAAGCAAGGAUCUUCUUGUUACAUACAUACCCCUCUUCAUGCAGGCUUCCCAGAUAGAUGUUGAAGGUGUACGUGUGACGGCGCUGCAGAUAUUGUUUGAUCUACUGUUGAUCUAUGGUUUGGAGAUUGUUGAUGCCAGUGAGGGAUCAUCUAAUGAGUCGUUGGAUAAUGCACAGAAUGUUGACGGUGUUGAUGCUGUUACAUCAGACACUGCAAGCUCAAACAGUGACAACAGAAAUGGUACAGCGAGUAAAUUGGUGGCCAUUAUCUGCUCAUUUCUAGAUGGAGAAAGCUCAGACCUUAGAACAUGUGCAGCGGAGGGUCUGUCCAAGUUACUGUUGUCUGGCCGUGUUGUAUCUUCAAAGAUCCUGUCUCACCUGAUACUGUUAUGGUACAAUCCCCUGUCUGAGGAUGAUACUCAUCUACGUGACUGUCUUGGAACUUUCUUCCCCCUCUAUGCCUUAGCCUCAAGAUGUAACCAGGAAGUAGUUGAGGAAUGUUUCCUGCCGACAUUGCGCACACUACUCAAUGCUCCUGCUACAAGUCCCCUUGCUGAAGUAGAUGUUAACAAUGUUGCUGAAUUACUUGUUCAGCUGACAAAUACCAAACUGCUGACAGCCAGUCAGAACAGUACAGAAACCAGCAUGGAUAACCCAGGGCAUGACAAUUUAUCUGAGACGGUGUGUAAUGAGAUACUGUCUAACCCAGACUCUACACAUGUAAAGCUUUGGGUAAGAAUUCUUAACCAGAUGGAUGUCAGCCCAGAUAAUGAAGUUGUUUUGAAAGAUCUUCGAAUAUUGGCAUAUAAAAUGUGCAAGACAGUAAAAGAAAAAACAUCUGUAAGAGGUCUUCAAAAAUUCCAGACUAGAAUUAAUGAGUUAUCUAGUAAAUUUGUCACAGAUAACACUGAUCUGGAAAACAUCGAGAUUGAACCAGUAGUGCCCAGUACAGAAAGUGCUGAGGAAGCUCCAGAAACAGCCACUGAGACACCAAAACGUAAACGUGUGAGAGGCCUUUACUCGCAUAACAUGACACUUGCAAUGGAGUCUGAAUCAGAGUUGGACAUUGCUGAUGAUUCUACAGUGGAAGUUGAUGCCUCAUGUUUAAUGAGUCGUACAAGUGUAGAGACACCCUCUCGACGCAAUAGAAAGAACACUUCAACUACAGAGAUUGCAGAGGAAGAUGUUUUUAUAGCACCCAAUGAGCUGCAAAGACCAGUAAGUGAAGCAGUUGCUGACACUGGAAUUGAGGAGACUGAUGUAGUAGGAGACCAACGAGUACCAGCAACCGAGAGUCAAAAUGCUGUUAACCCACAGGAAGAGAAAACAACUGGAAAAGAGAAAUCUCCAAGGUCAGAGUCUCCAGAUAAACGUGGAAGACCUACCGAAAAAAAGGCUGCAUCCCCAAAGAAAAUUGGCCGUAAAUCUCCAGUGAAGUCCCAGGAGAAAAGAAAAGCAUCAAUGUCUCCAGCAGAUGUUUCACCAGAGAAAAGAAUUGCAUCUGAAUCUCCUGCUAGAAGAUCUCAAGAAAAAAGAAAAGCUUCUAAAUCUCCAACAAGAGAGAGGAAGAGAAUGUCGAAAUCUCCAGCAAGGUCAGAAUCUUAUGGUAGAAGCAGUUCAAAUUCUCCAGAGAAAAGGAAAUCUUCUGAAUCUCCGAUAAAAGAGGCUGGACGUAAUAGGAUGGCAGAGUUCCAAGAAAAAUCUCCAGAAAGAAAGAACAAAUCUAAAUCACCUGCUAGAGGAAACACAGAAAAAAGAAAAUCUUCAGCAUCCCCCACCAAAACAUCAGGUGGAAAAGAUGAUAAAGCUUCUCCAGCUAAAAAGACAAAGGAAAAUGCAAAAGCUUCAGCUUCAAACCCAAAGAUGUCACCAGUGAAGAAGGCAUCAAAAGUCCAGAAACCAGAAAAGACAAAAGAAUUAGUACAACAUCCAGUUAAAGGCAAAUCUGGUCUGGAUGAAGAACAAAAAAGAAAUGAAAAGUUGAAGAAAAGUCAAUCCCCAGAAAGGAAGAAAAGUGCCUCAAAAGUCCCAGCCAAAAAUAGUGGAAAAGCUGUUGAGAAAAACAUCAGAAAAGCUAUGCCUAAAUCAAUUGAUACUGGAAGAACAAGAUCAGCAGCUUCAAUCUCGGAGGUGAAGUCUCCAAGACAAGCUAGAGGUGUGAAGCCAAGUGAUUCAGGCAAAUUGUCUUCCACCAAUUCACCUAAGCCCGCCCUUAAAGCAGGUAGUAAAAUUGUUGCAGAUACUCCGGAUCAGGUGUCGAGGAAGGUAUCAACAAGGUCUUUAGUAAGUUCUCCAGAUACAAGUACUCCAAGUGGAAAAGGUAUACCUAAAGGAAAAUCUGUGGCUGAAACACCGGAGCAUGCAGUUAAACAAAAACCCAGACAAAAGGAAACAGCUCCUGUAUCUGCUGGACGUAGUGGAGCAAGGUCUAUAUCAGCUAAGCCGGUUGUCGUGUUAACUGAUGUAAAGGCAAGGCAUCAGAAGACUUCCACUAGAACACCAAGGAUGACAGUUAAUUCAGCCUCUGAGUCCUCGCCAGAAAAAACAGCAACUAUAACAAAUAGGGGCAAGAUCACAAGUACUGACGAUUCUAGCACAAGUUCACCUGAUUCAGCGAAGCAAAAAACACAGAAGAAAGGGAAAGGUAAAGUAAGCCCUGUGAAAAAUCUAGCUUUAGAAACUACCACUGAUGAAGAUGAGGAAGAAGUUUCAUUGAAACGUAAAGCCAAACCUUCAAGACGUAGUGCAACAGCAUCUGCUUCAGACAGUACUGUAGCAACACCACCUGUUGCAGGUCGUACAACAAGAUCAUCUCUGUCCCAGAGUUCACUAGACAGUCCUUCAGUCAGGUCACUAAGGCAGCCAACAAGUGUUUCUGGAACAAAGACAUUAAAAAACUUGCAGACAGCAGCUGGCAAGCGGGCUGAUGAAAAAACUUCUCUUAGACCUACUAGAGCAGGGAAAAGUGAAAGUUCUCAGUCUCCCAGGCUGUCAAGUCGCACAGGUGGCACCACAACAGUCAGUGCAAGGUCCAAGUCUUCAGACAGUGGUAAAACAACAAAAACGAAAGCUGCAGCUCCUGUUGCCAAUGUGACAAUGUCAGCUGUUGCUACUAAGGUUACACGGGAUACUAAAAGACCAGAGCCUGGUAAAUUGAAAAGACCACUGAGAAGCAAGCCAUCUAAUAGAAGAUAAGAAGCAGAUUUCCCAGCCAUGUUCACCUCAAAACUGACACUAUCUUGGUUACUUCUGCAUCAGGGGGAUAAUGCUUAUUUAAAUGAGAGUUUUGGUCAUUCAGUGUUACAGUUUCUUUAAUCUGGAUGACUUUUAUAUUUUCAUAUUUUAUUUCAUGAAUUCUUUUCAAAAUGUAUCAUAAUGCAUAGUGUCCUUGUAUUGAAAAUUGCUAAACUUUUUAUGCCUACAGUGUUUGAACUGUCCAUCAUUCUGUCUGGGCACUUUCUUGGUCAAGUGAGCAACAUAAUUUCCUGCUUGUCUGGAGUUAUUCGUCUUUUUUGGACUCUAGAAUAUUACAGCUACAUCUGUACCUUGAGUUCUCAACUCCUACACUCAACUCCUACAAUUUCCAUACAAUUCAAGUUAGUCUUAGUAUAGAGUAAUCAUUGACAUGAAUUGGACAUGUAAUAUUGUUGUGACUUUCUUGUCCUAAUAUUUUCACUCCUUUUUCAACAAUAUUAUAAGUAUAGGUACACACUGUAUACUCAACUCCACCAACAGUUUCCAUUUUGUAUACAUUAUCAACUUGAACUGGACAAGUGUAUUUUAUCAGGACUUUGAUGUCUUGAGUUUAAUAGCUCGACCUGAAGUGGGCUAAGUGUUGAUGGAUGGUCCGGUGUAUGUCUUCCAGCAUCUAGCUGACUAAAGAAUACUGAGAGUUAUUUUACUCAACCAGGAGCCAUUGUCACCCUCACCAUUUAGUUAUUAUGUCUCCCACCACACAGUGGUGUGGGAGACAUAUUGAUUUACUCCUGUGUGUCUGUCACAAAUCUUGUCCGCACUCUAAGUUCUCCUUCAAUCUUCAGCAAACUUGAACAAAAUGUGUAUGACCUUAACUCCCCAGCCAAGUUCGAUGAGCCAAAUCGCCCCAGGCACUUCGGAAUUACGGCCCUUGAACAUAAUUACCGAUACACAGAUGUAGACCGGUUACUCCAACUCCAACUCCAACAGAUACCAAUAGGCUGCAAACAGUAUAUAAAGACAGACUUACUAUUCAGAUGAUUAGGCAGUUGUGGGAGACAUGCAAUUUUCUCAAAAGCACCUCUAGUUAUUCGUGUUCCUAUAUCAGUAACCAUUGCAUAUACUGAAUUAAAACUUUACACAAAGUUUCCUAGUAAUCAAACUUACUUAAAUAAUCAUUGGUUGAAUUCAAUUCAAAUUUUAGCUUUUUUUUUUAGUUUUGUGAGGCACUAUUUGAUAACACUCGGUUACAUAGUCUUGUCAAGUUAUGGCCCUUGUUAAACUAAGAAGCUGUCAAAUAGUCAAGCACUGUCUUAUAGACAGCUCUUGUUACUGAAACACCUUUGAAAACAACACAAUGUUCAGCCUGGAUGCAAGAAGAAUUCUAGCACAUACCAUUGCCCAGCUGUGGUAACAACAUAUUAGUUUGUACAGUUUCUUUCACCUUUUCUUCAUGAUUUGUUAGCAUUUUAGAAUAUUUUUACUGUGAACAGAUUGUAAGAUUCCAUGCAUUCUCCAGUAAAUGCUUAUUCUGUAUUUAUUCUGUAUUGUCAUGUGUAGUUAUUAGUAUGCCAUUUUGGUAUUUUGUAGGCCUCUUAAUAGAAGAGGGUAACUUAUUUUGCUUUUGUUGGUCUGUUGAUGGACAGUUUUGUUUCCAGUCGGUAACUAGAGAAUGCUUAGGCUGGAAGUGGUCAAACAUCAUAGGUCUAUUGACUCCUGUUGUUUUGCAUCAUAGCAGGUUUAAGGUCACAGUGACAUGGAGACUGAAUACAGUUUUGUUUUCAAUCUGUUAUGAAUGUUUGGGCUAGGACAGUCGAACAGUAGGAUUACUUUUGGCAAUUAGGUGACCAGAUGUGUUGUUGGUGUCAAGACAGUUAAAGGUCGUUGUCACAGUGAAUUGUAAGACUAAAGGUUAAUUGAUAGCUAUAGACUGCUUGAACAAGGUCAUAGCUUACUAGAGACUAAAAAAAUUACACAGUUUAUUCAAACAGGCAGUCAUAUAGGGCAAGUGUUUUAUAAACAGCUCUGCUUAAAGAAAUGUUUAAUUUUGUUUCUGAUGUAAACAGUGUAUAUACUUGUAGACAUACUGGAGUAUAACCGUCAUUAAAAUAAUAAAGGCAUUCCUUUAUCUUAUCUAUAAUUGUAUUGACAACCUAAUAGAAACUUCCAAUGUUAAACAACAGUAUAGUUACAAUAUUGCACACUUUCAGAUUUAUGUGAUAUUUUUUCGAAAUUUUGAAAGUACAUUAAUGUGCUACUAGUAAAGCUGAGGCCAUUGUUUGAUUUAAACUGUCUUAUCACCAUUUUCCUAGGAAAUAUUUGAUGUUAUGGAAGUUCAGUAUCUAUUCAGUGAAUAAAUAUUGCAGGUUAUAUCUGGUAAUAUAUUAUAUCCAUCACUCUGGUUCAUGCAGUAUCUCUUUAGGUGUAAAUCAGUGUAUAUGUAAGAGUAAAUUUCUGCAGUAAAUUGGUUUAACUUUGAUGACAAGGAUUUCUUUACACUUUACAUUUCUAUUUACAAAUAAAUUUUUAUAGUUCA